AUGCCUUCAUACCAGUUACUUCUAGCAGAAGCACUCUUCGGGGCGACAGUGAUCAGUGGCUUCGCACUUUUUCUCGCGCGGUCUCGACAGCGGAAGAUACGCUUGUCGACUACCCAAGCCGCUAGUUUGGCCAGCGAUUUGAACCAGGAUGAUCCUUUUAAUGUGACCAAACCGGAAGAUUUUAUCAGUGGAGAACCAAUUGACGAAGAUGCCUUCUGGCUCAAAAUGCGCAACAGGAAAUCACUGCUAGUUUUGCUUUCAGCCGUGAUCCUUGUGCUUGAGGGCGUUUCCCUGGGCUGGUCGGCCUACUCAGAUGGUCAAAAUACGCUUGCAGAACAUAUAUUUCGGACUACGUUUGGACUAUACGUUGGCGUUCUAGUCAUUCGUUCUGUUACCCCGGAUCGUCAUUCUGAGUCGGUGAUACAUAUCACUGCCUUGACCUUCUUCUCCUCGGUCCUUCACUUCGUCGCAUCAAUCCUUCCUUCGUCUGACUCUAUCUCGGCACACAAUCCACAAGCUUUUCCUCCCUUACUCGCUUUCUGGUAUAGCAAGACCGCAUUGUAUACGUUGACUUUUGCGAUAAUUGCGACAACACCCCGUGGACCACCGUUGCACUUUUCUCCCUCAUUCAUCUACUCUAAAAAAACUAUCGAUGACACGACCAAUAAAUCGUACGAGAACGUCUGUGGCCUUCCGAACGCCUCUGUGAUCGAUGUUCUGUUUUUCCGUUAUGUGACCCGUGUCAUUCAGCUUGGAACUUCCGUUUCGGUUGAAAUCGGCGACUUGCCAAUCAUUCCGGUUAAUAUGCGAGCGACUUAUCAGUUCUUUAGGGUGCGCACGAAUCUUCGUGCAAAUCCUCUCAAGCCAGGAUGGGACCUCGCUUGGCGCCUCAUCAGUAUCAAUAAGCUUGCAUUUACUGCAGAAAUAAUCUUGGCCGUCGCAGCUGCUCCUAUGUGGUUUGGGUCCCCGUUCUUCGUUCGCAAGCUCAUCGCAUACCUAGAAGACGAUCCUGGCCGCCUCAAUAAAGGAUGGGGAUGGGUAUAUACUUUUGGACAAUUUGCAUGCCUUGUUAUUGUCGCGCAGCUCAACUCUCAAAUGUGGUACUUUGCAACUUCCGUUAUCCAAAUUCGCUUGCGGGCGCAGGUCAAUACCAUGCUUUUCGCAAAAACUCUCGUUCGGAAGGAUGUCGUGUCUUCUGGUACCUCCCCGUCCGACGAGGGAAAUGAUAAAAAAUCGAAAACUGCGGAUGGAGAAAACAAAGAGAAGGACGAAGAAGAGAACGAAUUUUCGAGCAAAGCCCAGGUCAUGACUUUGAUGACCACCGAUGUUGAUCGGAUCGCAGAGUUUUCUUACCAUCUUUUUGCCAUUACGGAUUCUCCGAUCGAGAUUGUUGUAGGGACGACGUUGCUCUAUAGCAUGCUUGGUGUUUCGUGCUUCAUUGGUCUUGCGGUCAUCUGUCUCUUCUUGCCAUUAAAUCACCUGGCAGGUAAAGUAGUGAUCACUACACAGGACAAUUUGAUGAAAGCCAGGGACGAACGGGUCUCACUCAUGAACGAGAUACUGGGUGGCAUCCGCAUGCUGAAGUUCAUGGCAUGGGAGCGCAGCUUCGAAAAGCGCGUGAUGAAAAUUCGUGAGAGAGAACUGAAAUACCAAAAGUUGAACUACAAGAUUGAGGCACGGUUUAGGGAGGCGUCUCCUCUCAUUGUCACCCUAGUUUGUUUCUGGCACUUCGCGGUCUGGCGCCAGCAGACAUUGACCCCCUCUAUCGCCUUCACAUCUAUGUUGGUUUUCAACGAAAUGCGUUUUGCGAUGAACGCACUCCCAGAAACUUUCAUUAACCUGCUUCAGGUCCAUGUUUCCCUCAAGCGGAUUGGGAAGUACCUCCAACUAACUGAGGUGGAACCUAUACCUUCGCUCUCGGCUGCGCCAGCCAUUAAUACCAUUGCUGUUCAAUCUGCUAACAUCACAUGGCCUCGUGAUCGUUCUGCGGACUCAUCGGCAGCUUCCACACCCCGGCAUAAAUUCAUGCUCGUCGAUCUUGCUCUGAAAUUUCCUGAAGGACAACUUUCACUUGUUUGUGGCAAGCUGGGCAGUGGAAAGACCCUGUUAUUAUUAGCUUUACUCGGCGAGGCGGAUGUCCUCACCGGCCAGGUCAUUUGUCCGCGCUCACCACCAGACGCGCUUGCUUCCUUUGCGGAUCAGAAGGUCACACAGGAAGAGUGGAUAGUGCCUGGCGUUUGCGCCUACGUACCACAGGCUGCCUGGUUGCGAAAUGCUUCUAUUCAAGACAACAUCCUGUUCGGUCUACCGCUUGACGAAGAGCGAUAUCAUAAGACAUUAGAGGUCUGCGCGCUCAUAAGCGAUCUCAAGAUCCUUGAAGACGGAGACCAGUCCGAAAUUGGCGAGCGUGGCGUGAACUUGUCAGGUGGACAAAAAGCUCGAGUUUCCUUGGCUCGGGCUGUUUACUCCCGGGCAUCCAUACUGUUGCUCGACGACGUUCUGUCUGCUGUUGACGCUCACACGGCUCAUCACAUCUACUCCAAGUGCAUUAAAGGAGAGCUGAUGCAUGGGCGAACGGUGAUCCUUGUGUCACACCAUGUCCAACUUUGCUUGACCGGUGCUUCAUAUGUUGUCGCUCUUGAUAACGGCCAUCUUCUAUUCGCUGGUGAACGCGAGGCCUUUGAAGCAUCUCCUGUGAAGGGGACAUUAGUGCAGACCAUAGGUGGCACUGACAAGGAGCGGGAUACGGCAAGCACUUCGAAGAGUCCGUCAGUGUCUGCAGGCCAUUCUCCUGUUGCCACCCUCGUGCAAGAUGACGUGGAGCCUGACCCGAUAUCCGAGACGAGCUCCACCGUGGUCAAUGAGCCGCAAGCAAAUGUGGGGCGGAAAGCACCUAGGAAAGUUGUGGAGGACGAGAAACGCGCUGUAGGGCGCGUGAGUCGUGAUGUCUGGGAGCUUUAUGUGAAGUCAUUUGGCGCCUACGGUUACUGGGCAUGGUUCUUGUCCGUUCUCGCGUUGGGUGCUCUCUGUCCUGUUGCAGAGAACUGGUGGCUCAAGAUAUGGUCGGGAUCGAGUACAGAAGAGGCUGAGGCCAAAGGACCGGUGUAUUACAUUGUGGUUUAUGCUGCAAUCACUCUCACAGGUGUCUUGUUUUCGACCUAUAGAUUCUUCGUACUAUAUAACGGUUCCAUCCAUGCGUCGACCGUUUUAUACCAACAACUUCUGGAAACUGUGUUGUUUGCGCAAAUCCGGUUCCACGAUACUGUGUCGCGGGGGAGACUCCUGAAUCGAUUCGGGAAAGACUUUGAAGGCAUUGACAGUCGACUCGCGGAUCAUUUUGGUCGAAGUCUCAUCUUUGCAUUGUCUUUCGUAGUUACGGUUGUGUCUGUUACUUUGGCAAGCGGUGUUCCAUCCCUCAUUGCUAUCAUUCUUCUGGGCUUCCUUUACUAUGAUGUUGCAAAGAAUUACGGACAAGCUGCUAGAGAUAUGCGGCGCCUGGACUCCGUGGCACGGUCUCCCCUUUAUUCGAUCUUUGGUGAAACCAUUGCUGGAGCGCCUAUUCUUCGAGCUUUCGGUGCUUCAUCAAAGUUUUUGCGAGACAUGCUUCGCUGUGUCGAUACGAACAUAAACCCGUACUAUUGGCAAUGGGCUGUCAAUCGCUGGCUCUCCACCCGGUUCGACCUGUUGUCCGCUGCGACCGUUGGUAUGAUAGGUCUUAUUGCCGUUUCCACCCCGACCAUCUCAGCUGCGCUCGCUGGAUUCGCUCUUUCAUUUGCUGGAGGCAUGACGUGGACAUUGUUAGUCCUGGUGCGACGGUUCGUCGGCCUUGAACAAUCUAUGGCUAGUACCCUAGCAUACUGUGUCGCCCUGGAGCGUGUCAAGGAGUAUUCGGAGCUUAAGCGCGAGCCUCCUGAAUUCAUCGAGCCACGUCCGCCAGCUUCUUGGCCAGACAGAGGUAUUAUCAGGUGCGAAAACUUGGUCGUCCGUUAUGCGCCUGAGUUGCCCGAUGUUCUUCACAACUUGAACUUUGAGGUCCACCCUGGAGAGAAGGUCGGCAUCCUAGGCCGCACAGGUUCCGGAAAGAGCACCCUUGCACUCUCGUUCUUCCGCUUCGUGGAGGCAACAGAGGGUUCCAUCAUCAUCGAUGAUCAAGACAUCUCCAAAAUGGGACUUUCGGACCUUCGUAGCAAGCUCACCAUCAUUCCUCAGGACCCUACCAUCCUUAGCGGCACUUUGCGAUCCACGCUGGAUGUAUUCGAUGAGUACGAAGAUGCGGAAAUUUUCGAGGCUCUUCGACGCGUGCAUUUGAUUCCGUCUGACACUGCCGAUGAUGUUGUCGAAAUUGAAGGUGUUGAGGUCAAUGUUAAUGUUUUCCGAAACCUAGAGUCACCAGUAUCGGAAGGAGGGGAGAACUUUUCUACGGGCGAGAAGCAGCUUUUAUGCAUGGCUCGGGCGAUCUUGAAGCGGUCAAAAGUUUUGGUCAUGGACGAGGCAACAGCAAGCGUUGACUACGCGACCGACGAGCUCAUUGGAAAGACGAUCAGAGAAGAAUUUGCAAACAGCACCAUUCUUACCAUCGCGCACCGACUGCGCACUGUCAUCGAUUAUGAUAGGGUGAUGCUCCUCGACCAAGGCAAAAUCGUCGAGUUUGACCCUCCUGCUGUCCUGCUUUCUGACCCCUCGUCUCAAUUCUACGGGUUGUGCCAGGCAACGGGUGAGAAUGAAUUUGCGAUGUUGAAGAAUCUAGCUGGGGUAUGA